AUGCAGACAUUGGUGCUUCUCCUUAUUCUAGGAAUAGUGGAUCAAAGCAUCAGCCAGAAUUACAGCCAGUUCAAGUGGCUGUCCUAUCUGCGAGGGCGCUGGAGGCAUGCCGCCUGGCAGGCCGUGGAUGUCGACUGCCCACUGGAAUGCGACUGCCCCUCAACCUUCCCCACAGCUAUGUUCUGUCAAAACCGCAACCUCCAGCAUGUUCCAUACGUCCCCUCAUACAUUAAGUAUGUCUACCUGCACCGGAACAAGAUCACAGGCAUCAAAGACGGGGUUUUUGACAAUGCUACCAGCUUGAUCUGGGUCGUGCUGUUUCAAAACCAGCUAGACUCAGACAAAAUCGGCAAGAACGUCUUCAGCAAGCUCAAGCAACUGGACCGGCUCCUCUUGGAUCACAAUGAGCUCACACGUAUGCCUCCUAACUUGCCAAACUCCAUCACAGACCUGCGACUUGGUCACAACAAGAUCUCAAAGAUCCCCUCCAACUCAUUUGAGGGGAUGGCUAACCUCACCACCCUUGAGCUCCAAGCAAAUGUCAUUGAGGAUGUUGGAGGUAUGUUGAAGGGACUAAAGGCUCUGACCUUGCUGGAUAUGAAGAAAAACAAGCUGAGUAAAAUCCCAGACCACCUCCCAGAGCGGCUGCAGCAGCUCUACCUGGAUUUUAAUAAAAUACAGAGUGUGCCGGCAGGCUUUCUCACCAUGAAUCCCAGACUGCAGUUUGUCCGCUUGGCUCAUAACAAGCUGACUGAUAAAGGACUUCCAUCCAAUGUCUUCAAUGUCAGCACGCUGGUUGAGCUUGACCUUUCUUUCAAUAAACUGGAGAAGAUCCCUGUUGUUAGUAGAAACCUGGAGAACCUUUAUCUACAAGCCAACAAGAUCAAAGGUAUGGACACACUAACUGAGACAUAUGAAAUAAAAGUAAAUAAGUUAUCCUAA